GCAGAGGCCGCGGGCAGCUUCGCAACCCAGCGCUCAACCGCUGCGCCACCAGGGAGGCCCUAUGAUCGAGUCAUUUUAAGAGAACUUGUUGUUACCUAUGCAGUAAUGUCAUCUCAAAGGAGAGUUAAGAAUUCUCAAGCUCAAAAGAGGACUUCACGAGGUAACAAUAGUUAUCAGACUAAUCUCUCAGCCUGGAAAGUAAACGAGCAUCUAAGCAACUCAAAGAGCAGUUCGAAACAGAGACGGAGCAAUCCUGUGGAAGUUCAUGAACAUGCAGAUGAUGAAACAGAAGAUGCUCUCCAAACAGCAAUGAGGUACUUUGAGGCAGGUCCCAUUAAAACUGCAAAGACUAAAGAUAAAACCUUGGAAAAACACUUGAAAACUGUGGAAAAUGAGGCUUGGAAGAAUGGGUUAGCUCCAGAAGGAAUUGACAUUCUAUUAAAUGUGGCACUCAGUGGCAAAUUUGGGACUGCUGUAAACACUCGAAUGUUAAAGUGCACGAUUCCAGCAACUCUAAUAUCAGAAGACUCUGUGGUUAAGGCAGUCUCCUGGCUUUGUGUUGGCAAGUGUUCUGGUAGCACCAAGGUACUUUUUUAUCGUUGGCUGAUUGCAAUGUUUGACUUCAUAGAUCACAAGGAGCAACUUAACUUGCUCUAUGGCUUCUUUUUUGCUUCAUUGCAAGAUGACACACUGUGCCCUUAUGUCUGCCAUUUGUUGUAUUUACUUACCAAAAAAGAUAAUGUUAAACCAUUUCGUGUGAGAAAACUGCUUGAUCUUCAAGCCAAAAUGGGAAUGCAGCCACAUCUCCAGGCUUUGUUGUCACUGUAUAAGUUCUUUGCUCCUACUUUGAUUUCUGUAUCUUUGCCUAUAAGGAAGAAGAUCUAUUUUAAGAAUUCAGAGAAUCUGUGGAAGACAGCUUUACUUGGUGUGAGGCAAAGGAACCAAAGACCUUCCCUGGAACCUCUACAACUGAAAUGGAAUUCUCACUCAGUUAUACCAAGGCUGAGUUCCAGUAGCUGCAGUAAAGAAUGUGGGAAAAAAGGGAUGAGUCUUUCUGAUUAUCUCAGUAACAAUGCAUCAUUUUCACCAGAACAGCUAAAAAGCUUCCCUCAAUUCUUACAGAACAUCCACUGCUUAGAGCUGCCUUCUCAGAUGGGUGCAGUGCUGAACAACUCUCUGCUGCUUCACUAUAUUAACUGUGUCAGAGAUGAGUCAGUCUUACUGAGGUUGUAUUACUGGUUGAGUCAAACAUUACAAGAAGAAUGUAUUUGGUACAAGGUGAAUAAUUAUAAACAUGGAAAAGAAUUUGCUGACUUCCUGGACACUAUCAUCAGGGCAGAAUGUUUCUUACAAGAGGGAUUUUAUUCCUGUGAAGCUUUCCUGUAUAAGAGCCUUCCUCUCUGGGAUGGCUUGUGUUGUCGGUCACAGUUACUUCAACUUGUGAGCUGGACUCCUUUCAGUAGCUUCUCUGAACUGAAACCACUUCUCUUUGACCACCUAGCACAGCUGUUCUUUACAUCAACCAUUUAUUUCAAGUGUAGUGUUCUUCAGAGUCUGAAGGAGCUACUGCAGAAUUGGUUGUUGUGGCUUUCUAUGGACACCAACAUGAAGCCCAUGAUGAGCAGUCCCCUAGAAACAACUUUAGGUGGCUCAAUGAAUUCCGUGUCUGAACUGAUUCACUAUGUGGGGUGGCUGUCCGCGAUUGCAAUGCGCUUGGAAAGCAACAGUACUUUCUUGCUACACUUUAUUUUGGAUUUCUAUGAGAAGGUAUGUGACAUAUAUGUAAAUUAUAACCUUCCAUUAGUGGUGUUGUUUCCUCCUGGGAUCUUCUAUCCUGCACUGCUCAGCCUGGAUUCUAGUAUCCUGAACCAACUCUGUUAUAUUAUGCACAGGUAUCGUGAAAAUUUGACCGCUGCAAAGAAAAAUGAGUUGGUGCCAAAGACAAAAUCAGAGUUCAAUUUCAGCAGCAAGACCUAUCAAGAAUUUAAUCAGUAUUUGACAGCUAUGGUUGGUUGCCUAUGGACAUCCAGACCCUUCCAGAAAGGAAUAUAUAUCGACCCCGAAAUCUUAGAAAAAGCUGGAGUAGCAGAGUAUAACAACAGUUUGAAUUUAGUCUAUCAUCCUGCUCUACUGAGUUAUGCUGUUUCCUUUCUGCUACAGGAAUGGCCAGAUAAAAGGACAAUAAACAUGAGCUCUAUUCAGGGAAAGAAAUGGAACUGGUAUUUGGACUAUUUAUUUUCAGAGGGAUUUCAAGGCUUAAAACUUUUCAUAAAAAGUAGUAUUCAUCGUUCUUCUGCCCCCUGAUCAGAGUGCAUCAGCCAUGUGACCAACAGUAUAUGAAUGACAAAUGACAAACAAACUGAGCAUACAGGACUAAAUUCCUUCCUCAUUGCUGGAGAAGCCAAAUGGUUCCACUUCAGUUUCCGUUGUUUUUUUUUUUUUUUUUUUUUUUUAUACAAUGGACUACUCUCCUCAGGGAGUACUUAGAUGGCCUUCUAUCUAUGGCUUCCAGAGAUCUUUGGUGUGGCUAAUUUUAUUUUUCAGGACCGACAUUUUUUAACCGACUAGUGGACUUCAUCAUCAGGCUCUACUUUCCAUCAAAUUAUAUAUAAAGAGACAUCUGUUCUAGGAUUUCUCUCAUUGUAUGGUCUCUAAGCUGCAUUGACGCAAGCAGGCAGGUAACAUACAGCAGCACUUAAGCCUUAGACAUACUCAUUCAAAAUGCUCUGCUGCCUCCAUGAAAUCUCUAUGGAUAGUGCCAUUUUUCUUUCUGAAUAACAGCACCAGCACCAAGUUAACAGCAUGCACUUCUGACUCUAAAAGCUGGUUCUGAGUAGUUGGUGGCUCCCUGGAACCUUCGCUAGUACAAUUUGUGAAAGAACAAAGGGGAGAGGAUUGUGGGAUAGUCAAAAUAUUUAUUUCAUUUCAAUUUCAUGAAACUGCUCUAUUGUGUGUGUGUGUAUCCCAUUUUUAAGUGUUCAGGCCCAAAUUAACUACAACUUUUCUUUCAGGGGUAAUUCAGAAGAUUAAAAAAAAAUUAUGAUAGCUAGAAUAGCUUGCUGAGAAUUUCCUCUAAAUUUUGCUUCAGCACUACUGAAUGACUCUUCCCCUUUUAAAUAAAAUUCAUAUCAUUUGAGAGAAAUCAAGCUUAAUUUUAUUUUGAAGGUCACAUUCUUGAGCCUUUUUUCUUUUGAAACAAAACAAGACCCUAAACUAAAUUGUUUGAUAGUAUUCAGACUAGAAAUUCCAUCUAUUUAUUCAAAUCAUGUUUAUUGAGCUUACUAUGUGCCAGGUAUUUUAUGUGCUGGUUAUAUAGCUGUGACCAAUACAGUGUACUUCUUUUGUGGAAUUUACUACACUGCAUUAGCGAAUACAGACAGCAAAAGUGUAAACAAAUAUAUAUCAGGUGUUACAAAGAAAAGGCAAGGACUAGGGACAAAAUGUUGAGAGGGUUGCUUCUUUAGAUAAAGUGGUUAAGGAAAGCUAUGUGACUGACAUGUGCAGAGGCCCUACUGAAAUGAAUGUACCAGUCAUUUGAAUAUUUAGGGAAAGAAUGUAUUGGGCAGAGGUAAAGCAAGUGAAAAGGCUUUAAAAAAGUUAACUUAUUUGACAAGUUUGAGUAAUAGACAGCCAGUAAGUUUACAAGAUAGUGAUUAAGGGAGAAGAAUGGUAAGAAUUAAAAUGGGGGAAAAGUCAAAGAAAGAGUAGUUCAUAAAGAUCCUAUUCCUGAUAUGGCUCUGUAAUAGGAAGCAUUGGGAACAGAGGAAUGACAUAAUUGGGCUUACAUGUUUGGAGCUGCAGUGUGAAGUUUAGACAGAAGAAGAUGGAGAGUGAAAGCAGAGGGACCAGUUAGGUUAUUACAGUGUUCUAGCCAAGAGUCUUAGACUACAGUGUGAUGGAUGAUAGGGAAGUGGUUAGAUAGUGGUGCAUUCAGGCUCUGUUUUAAAGAUAGAGAAGGUGGGAUCUGCCAUUAGUUUGCGUUAGAAGUAAAGGAGAGGAGUAAAGGAUGAUUCCCAGGUUUUUGAGCAACUGGGUAAAUUCUGGGAUGCAGAGAUGAGGUGUAGUGGAGGAGGAGCAGAUUUAGAGGAAUGUGAUAUCAGGAGGGGUGUUUUUGCCACAUUAGAUGGAGAUGCUGAACAGGCAGGUAGAUAUUCAAGUCUAGGGAUCAAGGUACAAAUUGGAACUGGACAAAUUAAUUUGGGAGUCAUUAGUGAAUAGCUAUAACGUUGGAUGAGAUCACUUAGUGCAGCUAAGGAAAGAUGGCAAAAGGCAGCCUGGGGGUAUGCCAAGGUUAAAAAGUAGAAGAUAUGGGGAGGAGCCAGCAAGGGAUCCAGAAGAACCCACCAACUGAGCUAGAAGCAAAAUUGGGAGACUGGUGUGCUGCAAGUCAAGUGAAUAAAGUGAUUCAAAAAGGAGGGUGUCUCAUGGUGUGGAAUAUUGCCUGCAUAUAUCUGGAGAAAGAAGCUUUAGCUGUUUUGAAGUAAUUAUAAUAGCUUCCUCAGUAGGUGACCAUUCUCAUAAGAGCUCUCUCUUGUUUUCACAUUUGUACGCCAGAUAACUCUGCUUAUUUUUCAGAAUGUGAUAUUUUGAUCCUUAAGUUCAUGUGGAACUUUCAAUUGUGAGAAGGGAUUUGAUAGUUUCUCAUGCAAUUUUUCAUGAAAUUUGACCCCUAACAAUCUUCAGGUCAUUGAAGAAGCUUUUCUAUAUUUAAGUUGAGCUUCCAGGAGAAAACAAAUUAUCCCCUUACGUUUGUCUUUUCGCUCAAUAAUGAUUCCCUGGAUACCUUUUUGCCUAUUUUCUUAUUAAUCAGUUUGUAAUUCAAUUAAGAUUAGAUAUAUGGCUAUG